GUGCCCUCCAGAUAGAGUUGAGUGAGGAACAGGACCAGGGGAAAUAUGAAUGUGUUGCCACCAACAGCGAUGGAACCCGCUACUCCACCCCCGCUAACCUAUACGUCAGAGAGCUCAGAGAAGUGCGCAGGGUUCCCCCCCGGUUCUCCGUCCCCCCGGCAGACAGUGAGAUAAUACCAGGCGGUGGUAUCAACAUCACGUGUGUGGCGGUGGGCUCCCCCAUGCCUUACGUCAAAUGGAUGUUAGGAACCGAGGACCUCACCCCAGAGGACGACAUGCCUAUCGGACGGAACGUCUUAGAGCUGGGAGACAUACGCCAGUCUAACAACUACACCUGUGUGGCCAUGUCCACGCUGGGGGUGAUAGAGGCCAUGGCACAGAUCACGGUCAAAGCCCUGCCCAAGACCCCAGGUAAUCCAGUGGUAACAGAGAGAACUGCCACCAGUAUCACUCUGACCUGGGACUCAGGUAACCCUGAGCCUGUGUCCUACUACAUCAUACAGCACCGUCCUAAAGGUUCAGAAGACAUCUAUAAGGAGAUAGACAGUAUAACGACUACACGCUACAGUGUAGGUGGUCUCAGCCCGUACUCUCACUAUGACUUCCGGGUGGCGGCGGUCAACACCAUCGGUAGAGGUCCAGCCAGCGACUCUGUAGAGGCCAGAACAGCAGAACAGGCUCCGUCGUCACCACCACGACAGGUCAGAGGUCGUAUGCUGAGUACCACCACAGCUAUAAUCCACUGGGAUGGACCUGAGGAGGCUAACGGGCAGGUGGUGGGAUACAGAGUCUAUUAUACAGACGACAACACACUGCAAGUCAACCAGUGGGAGAAGCUGAUGGUCCGUGGUGUGAACUUCAUCACCAUCCAGAGUCUGACCCCUAAUAAGACCUAUUACAUCAGAGUCCUGGCCUUUACCUCUGUAGGAGACGGACCUCUCUCCCAGGACCUGCAGAUCAUAGCCAAGACUGGAGUUCCGUCCCAGCCGUCAGACUUCAAAGGAGAGGCCAAGUCAGAGACCAGUAUAUUGCUGUCAUGGGUAGCUCCUCCACAAAGUGGGCCUGAAAACCUGAUCACUGGAUAUGAACUGGUCUACAGGAGGUCUGGUGACAACGAAGAGAAGAAGCUGAAUUUUGACCCCGCCUCCUCCUACCUUAUAAAGAAUUUGAAGCCAUUCUCCUCCUACACCUUCCAGCUGGCAGCACGUAGCAAACACGGCAUCGGAGCGUAUACCAACGAGGUUACCACAGAUACACCACAGACACAACCCUCAGCCCCUCCCCAGCAGGUCACAUGCUCCAGCCCCAACUCCACCAGCAUCCUGGUAAGUUGGGCUCCGCCCCUGGCGGAAUUCCAGAACGGAAUCAUAACGGGAUAUUCCAUCCAGUAUUCUGUCACGGAAGGGGACAACAGGACUUCCCAGCAAGUCAGCCGAAUUCCACCGGAAAGCUCUCCGUACCUUCUGGAAAACCUGGAGAAAUGGACAGAGUAUGGAAUCACGGUCAGAGCCCUGACGGAAGCCGGAGAAGGACCAGAGAGUCUACAACUACUAGUGCGCACAGAGGAAGAUGUUCCCAGUGGUCCUCCGCGCGACGUGGCGACGGAGGCGGUGAACUCGUCAGCAAUCAGGGUGGUGUGGCGGGCACCGGCCGUGGAGCGGCAACAUGGUCAGGUCAGAGGUUACCAGGUCCACUACAUGAAGAUGAACUAUGGAGAUCCCGCUGGACCCAACCUCAUCAAGGAUAUACUCCUAGACGACUCACAGUGGGAAUACAAUGAAUCAGCAGAAUAUGGGGUGGUUCUAGGGGAACUCCAGGCUGAUACUGCCUACUCUGUGUCUGUGGGGGCGUACACCGCCAAGGGUGACGGGGCACGGAGCAAACCCCAAACUCUCUGCACUACCCUCCCACUCCCAGAACGCCCCAGGCUCUCAGUAAGUCCCACCCCCGUGGGCACGGCCCAGCUCCAGUGGCUGCCUCCACCCAGCCCCCCUACCCCUCUCCUGGGGUACCGUCUAACCUUCGGACGCCUGGAUGUCCUCCCCCUCACCGUGGUAGAAUUCCCCACCAAGGAAGAGUCCUACACGGCGCAGGAUAUCCACAAGGGGGCGUCGUACGUGUUCCGACUCUCCGCCCGGAAUAAGAUUGGUUACGGAGAGGAGGCAGCGGUCGAGGUGACCACUCCGGAAGACGUUCCCGGAGGACACCCAGAAAAUAUCCUCUCUGAUGGCGCCUCGGCGUCCUCCAUACAGCUAGUUUGGAAGUCUGUCCCGCUUAUCGAACAAAACGGGAAGAUUGUGAAGUAUUCGGUGCAGUACCGGGAUGUUAACGGUAGAGGUGGUAAUGCUACCGGGGAGGUGAUGGUGACGGUACCGGAAUCUAGCGUGACGUUGGAAGGGCUGAGCGCCGACACGGUGUAUGACGUCAGAGUGUGUGCGUUCACGGCGGUAGGGGCGGGGCCGUAUAGUCCCGGUGUCCAGUUUAGGACCCAACCGCUGGAUGUGGAAGUGUUUGCUACUAACUUCAGAGUGAAGGCUGCCAUGAAGAACUCAGUCCUGCUGACCUGGGAGAUACGAGACAAAACACCCUCCCAGUCUUUUACCAUCCUGUAUGAUAAGGGUCAGAGUGUUGAGGUGGAUGGGAAACAGAACCAGAAGCUGAUAACAGGUCUGCAGCCGGAAACACAGUACUCCUUCCUGUUGACUAACCGUGGCAACAGUGCCGGGGGGCUACAGCACCGCGUAACCGCGACGACCGCCCCGGACGUGCUGCGCUCCAAACCCACGCUGGUGGGGAAGACCAACGCAGACGGGAUGGUGACGGUUCAACUACCGCCCGUACAGACCACCACUACCGUCAGGGGUUACUAUGUGGUGGUGGUUCCUCUGAAGAAACAGAGAGGAGGGAAGUUCUUGAAGCCUGGUGACAACCCUGAUCAGAUGAACCUAGAUGAGCUCCUGAAAGAGAUCAACAGGACCAGUGUGAGCCAGGCGCUGCGUGUCCGUCGACAGGUCCCGGCCAGCCAAUCAGAUCCCAGGGCCUAUGUUUCCGCCCACUUUAAGACCCUCCCCCAGGAGUUCACCCUCGGUGAUGGGAGGAGCUAUGGGGAGUUCCGGAACCGCCCCCUGCAAAACGGACAGGAAUAUGUGUUCUUCGUGCUGGCGCUGCUAGACCUGUCUAAUAAUACCAUGUAUUCAACCAGCCCCUACUCUGACCCCGUGACCUCCAACGACGUGGACCCUCAGCCAAUCGUAGACGAGGAGGAGGGGCUUCUGUGGGUGGUGGGGCCGGUAAUGGCUGUCAUCUUCAUCGUCUGCAUCGUCAUCGCCAUCCUGCUCUUCAAGAGUAAACCAGACAGGAAAAGAGCUGAGGCGGAGGGAAGGAAGGCUAGUUUCCCCUGCAGCAAGGCCAUGUCCUCUCACCAUCCUACAGAUCCUGUGGAGCUACGCAGAAUCAACUUCCAGACCCCAGGCAUGGCUAGUCACCCACCUAUCCCCAUCUCUGAGCUCGCUGAUCAUCUAGAACGCCUGAAAGCCAACGACAACCUGAAGUUCUCUCAGGAGUAUGAGUCCGUUGACCCCGGACAGCAGUUCACCUGGGAGCAGUCUAACCUGGAGGUCAACAAGCCAAAGAACCGCUAUGCUAACGUCAUCGCCUACGACCACUCCAGGGUUCUACUGUCCAGCAUCGAGGGUAUACCAGGCAGUGACUACAUCAAUGCUAACUACAUUGAUGGCUACCGUCGUCAAAAUGCCUACAUCGCGACGCAGGGCUCUCUCCCCGAGACCUUCUGUGACUUC